AAAAAAAACAAAACCCUCUUCCCGAAACGGAGGUUUCUCCUAUCUCUCUGCCAAAAGCCAUCGUUAUCGCCAGAAGAACCCAUCAGUUUCCUCUGAAUCUGCAUGUGAAAGUUUGGUAAAGAAAGAGGAGAGAUCUGUGAUUGCUUUUAAAACGAUGCCGUUUCUUGAUUUCUGUUGUUUCUAUGGCUGAUGAGGUCACUAACAAUGAUGCCCACUUGCCUCUUUUUUCCACUCUUAUCAAUUUUUCUCUCUCACACCUUCUCUUUAGUGCUUAAGAAGCAGAAAUUUUGAUGCUUAAGCUCCUGUUCUCUCCCCUCGAUUUGGUAACAGAGCUCCAAAGUUUCCAUUUUUUCCCCAUUUGCGUUACCAAGUCAUAUUUUUACCUUUUUUUCUCACUAAAUUGUGAACUUCUUGGAAGUGGUUUUUUGAGAUUUGAGACUUUUAAAGCUGUAAUCUUUGGGUAUCGAGACUUUAAAGCUGUAAUCUUUGGGUAUUCAGUGGAAUCAUUGCUAGUUACUUCGAAUUUGGAAAGUUGAGAGGAUUUGGUUCACACGAUGAGAUACAAUUCGAUUUGGUUUUUGUGCAAGGUUCCGAGGAGGAAGGAAACAAAAUUCUUCUCCUUCUGAAUAAAUGACGACAACGACGACGACAACGACAAGAGUUGCUUCUUCUUCUUCUACUCGGAAUCGAAUUCUGAAAGAUGCAAAUGGAGACAUCGGUGAGCAUCUUCGUAACCACAUCCAUUUAACCAACUGUAUUCACUUGAAGAACCAUAUGCAUAAACAGAGUCCGGUUUUAUCCGACCGUGCCCUAAUGAGAGACCUCAUUGUCCUCCAAAGGUCACGCUCUCUUCGAGAUCCCUCUGCGAGCCCACCGGCCUGGAACACGCCUUCUUCCAUUGUCGAUUUGCUUCCGAAGAAAGGAGAUCACGUGGAAGGAAGACGAUCCGUUGAUCAAAAGAAGUCUAAGUCUAGUCGUAGGUUGUCUGGUUUGAGUGGUUCUUCACCUGUUGUUAACUUUGGGACAUCUAAAGUGACUCCUUCUGAUGAAGGGUUUGGUAAAAGCUGCGAAAUUGGAGCUAGAGAAAGUGGUAGGAGAUUGAAAAGAGAGGAAUCUAGUAGAAAGAGUUAUAGAGUUGAAGAUGAUUAUCAAAAUGUUAAUGAGGUUUCUCAUGGUUUUGCUUCCGGGAAUUCAGGAUCAAAAGCUAGUGGGAGGCUUAGUAGAAUCAAUGAUGCUAUUGCUAAGUCACUGUCUGAUCAGUUAAACGAGGUUGUUGUGGGUGAUAGUGAUGAUGUGGUUUCAUCUAAUGUUCGUCCACGGGUUAGGUAUGGUGGUGGUGGUGGUACUACUCGAGGAUGCGCAGGUGGAAUGAAUCGGUCUAAAAGACGGAAAUUUAGAGGGACGAGGAGAGUUCAGGGCAAGAGUAGAGAUACAGGUGGUGGUGGUGGUAAGAGUGAGAUGUCUGUUGCUUCUAACUCACUGCCACAAGGUGAGAAGUAUGAGGGAGACAAAGUCAAAGAGGGAUUUGGGGAACAGAACAUGACCAAGGCUUGUGGAAUUCCGUUUAAUUGGUCGAGGAUCCAUCACCGAGGGAAAACUUUCCUCGACAAGGCCGGUAGGAGUUUGUCUUGUGGUAUGUCUGAUUCAAAGGGAAGGAAAGGUGAAUCCAAUGAGAGGAAUGGAUCUGAUAUGAUGAUGAUACAAUCUGAUGAUGACUCGAGCUCCUUGAACCGCUCUGAUGGCGGCGAAGCACUUCCUUUGCUAGUUGAUAGUGCAGAGAAUGAAGGUUGGGUGCAUGAUUACUCAGGGGAGCUAGGGAUUUUUGCAGACAACUUGCUCAAGAAUGGAGAAGAUUCUGAUCUUGCUUCAGAAGGAAGGUCAGGGGAGAAGAAACACAAGAAGAAGAGCCAUAGAAAUCCUCAUCGGCAUCAGCAUCAGAGUCUUACGGAGAAAUACACGCCUAAGACUUUCAGGGACCUCGUUGGACAGAAUCUGGUUGUACAAGCUCUUUCUAACGCAGUUGCAAGAAGGAAGCUUGGACUUUUAUAUGUAUUUCACGGUCCAAAUGGAACAGGAAAGACCUCUUGCGCUCGGAUAUUCGCAAGGGCGUUGAAUUGUCAUUCUGUGGAACAGCCUAAGCCUUGUGGGACUUGCAGUUCGUGUGUUUCACAUGAAACGGGCAAAAGCUGGAACAUUAGGGAAGUGGGUCCUGUGGGGAAUUUCGACUUUGAGAACAUUAUGGAUUUGCUUGAUGGUAAUGUGAUGGUUUCGUCGCAGUCUCCUCGGGUUUUCAUAUUUGAUGAUUGCGAUACCUUGUCGUCUGAUUGUUGGAAUGCGCUGUCCAAAGUGGUGGACCGAGCAGCGCCACGCCGUGUAGUCUUUAUCCUCGUGUGCUCGAGUCUUGACGUUUUGCCUCAUGUGAUCAUAUCGAGGUGCCAGAAAUUCUUCUUCCCCAAGCUGAAAGACGCAGAUAUCGUUUACUCCUUGCAGUGGAUUGCAUCAAAGGAAGGGAUUGAGAUAGAGAAAGAUGCUUUGAAGCUUAUUGCUUCGAGAUCAGAUGGUUCAUUAAGAGAUGCUGAGAUGACUCUUGAACAGCUGAGUUUGUUAGGACAGAGGAUCUCUGUUCCUUUAGUUCAGGAACUGGUUGGGCUUGUUUCUGAUGAGAAAUUAGUGGAUCUUCUUGAUUUAGCUUUAUCUGCAGACACUGUAAAUACUGUGAAGAACCUGAGGACAAUAAUGGAAACAAGUGUAGAACCAUUGGCUUUAAUGUCCCAGCUUGCAACUGUCAUAACCGAUAUUCUUGCGGGUAGUUACGAUUUCACCAAAGAUCGGCAUAGACGAAAGUUUUUUCGACGGCAACCAUUAUCUAAAGAAGAUAUGGAGAAACUGAGGCAGGCCCUGAAGACUUUAUCUGAGGCAGAGAAACAGCUGAGGGUGUCAAACGAUAAACUGACUUGGCUCACAGCCGCGUUGCUUCAAUUGGCUCCUGAUCAGAACUAUUUGCUUCAACGUUCUUCCACUGCGGAUACUAGCUUUGACCGAAGUCCAGUGCCAUUAGAGAACAGUGGAGGUAGAGAAAGCUCUGAUCACCAUCUGGAUCCUUCUAGCGAUGCAGCAGCGGAAAGAAGUUCUGGAUUGGACAGAAGAAGAGGAGACAAUAGAAUUAACCGACCCGCUGUUGAAGAAAUUUGGUUAGAAGUUAUUGAGAAGCUUCGAGUUAACGGUUUGAGAGAGUUUCUUUAUAAAGAAGGAAGAAUAGUCUCUCUUAGUCUCGGUUCAGCUCCUACUGUGCAUUUAAUGUUCAGCUCACCUUUAACCAAAUCGACGGCUGAGAAGUUCCGUAGCCAUAUUAUGCAAGCAUUUGAGGUGGUUCUUGAGUCUCCGGUGACUAUAGAAAUCAGAUGCGAGACAAAGAAAGACCCAAGAAACAAUGGGAAUCAUCAUCAUCAUCAUCAUCAUCAUCACCCGUCUGCAAAAGAUAAAAGCUUUCCAUUAGCACUCAUUGGCCAAGAUAACAACAUGGAUGGAAGCUGGAGAAGUGAGAUAGUUGAAGUCACUGAAUCCAACGGACAAAGACGGCAUCAACAACAGAAGCAAGAGGAGGAGAGGACAGAGCGAGUUGGUUCUUCCGCGUUAGCCAGAGCUAGAAGGAAGCAUUUGGAAGCAAGCCAGAAUCAGAACCAGAGCCAAAGCAUUGUGAGAGGGAAGGUCUCGUUGGCUCAUGUGAUUCAGCAAGCUGAUGGAUGCACACUCCAAAACGGCUGGUCUAAACGCAAAGCCGUAUCUAUCGCAGAGAAGCUGGAACAAGAGAAUCUGAGGCUUGAACCCAGAUCAAGAAGCAUGUUAUGCUGGAAAUCCUCAAGAGGCACACGUCGCAAGGUCACGAGGUUGAAGGUGAGAACAAGAAGGGCAAGACCACAUUCGUUAUUGAAGUUCGUGUCGUGCGGGAAAUGUCUGUCGACGAGGUCUCCAACAAGAUAAGAUAAGGCUUUAGUUGUUCUUUGAUCGAUCAUACGCAAGAUUUACUGUAGUCAAAAUCAAUGUAGCUUCUUUGCAAUUGUAAUCUUAGUGGAUCUGUUCUUACCACAAAUAAAUGGAUCAGUUUUUAAUU